AUUAAAGAACAAAAAAUUGUUGUGGAUGAACUUUCUAACCUGAAGAAAAACAGGAAAGUGUAUAAGCAACAACAAAACAGCAACAUAUUCUUUCUUGCAGACCGAACACAAAUGCUUUCUGAAAGCAAAAAUAUUUUGGAUGAACUGAAAAAAGAAUAUCAAGAAAUAGAAAACUCAGAGAAGACCAAAAUCAAGAAAUAGUCGACUUAAUUUCACAUAACAAUGUGUGGCAUUUGUUGUUCUGUAAACUUCUCUGUUGAGCAUAUCAACAAACAUUUAAAAGAGGAUUUACUGUAUUAUCUUAAACAGCGUGGACCCGAUAGUAGUAAACAGUUGUUAAAGUCUGAUGUAAACUACCAGUGUUUAUUUUCUGGACACGUCCUUCACUUAAGAGGUGUUUUGACGUCCCAGCCUGUGGAAGAUGAAAGAGGCAAUGUGUUCCUGUGGAAUGGGGAAGUCUUUAAUGGAAUAAAGGUUGGCGCUGAGGAGAAUGAUACUCAAAUUAUGUUUAAUUAUCUUUCUUCUUGUAAGAAUGAAUCUGAUAUUUUGUCACUCUUCUCAGAAGUCCAGGGUCCUUGGUCUUUUAUAUAUUAUCAAGCAUCUAGUCAUUAUUUAUGGUUUGGUAGGGACUUUUUUGGUCGCCGUAGCUUACUUUGGCAUUUUAAUAAUCUGGGUAAGAGUUUCUGCCUCUCUUCAGUUGGCACCCAAACAUCUGGAGUAACCAAUAAAUGGCGAGAAGUUCCAGCGUCUGGAAUUUUCAGCAUUGAUCUCAAGUCUACUGCCAUUUCCAAAUGUGUGAUUUUAACAUUAUAUCCUUGGAAAUGUAUUUCUAGGGGGAAUGUUACCAAAGAAUGUGUUAAUAGCCUGACUCAAAUUUCAGCUGAUUUGCCUAAGUUUGUAUCAGUGGAAGCAAGUGAAGCCAAACUCUAUCUUGAAAAACCUGUUGUUCCUUUAAAUACGAUGUUGCCACAAGCUCCAUUUGAGACUUACCAUACUGAUGUUUUCAGAGCCCUGCCUGUAAGAGAAACACUUCAAGUCUAUCUUACUGACAAACACAUGAAGGAAGUGGUUCAGCAGUUCAUCGAUGUCCUGAGUAUGGCAGUCAAGAGGCGUGUCUUAUGUUUACCUAGGUAUGAAAGCUUGACACCAGAUGAAGUUUUGAAAAUUUGUGAUAGGAAAGCAAACAUUGCAAUUCUUUUUUCUGGGGGCAUUGAUUCCAUGGUUAUUGCAGCCCUUGCUGACCGUCAUAUUCCUAUAGAUGAACCAAUUGAUCUUCUUAAUGUGGCUUUCAUGACUAAAGAAAAGACUAUGCCAGCUCAUUUUAACAAAAAGAGGAAUAAGCAAAAAUACUGUGAAAUACCAUCUGAAGAAUUCUCUAAAAAUCCUGCUACCGCAGCUGAUGAUAAUCCUGAUAAACAGUUCGGUGUACCAGAUCGAAUCACAGGAAGAGCGGGACUAAAGGAACUGCAAGCUGUCAACCCUUCACGGAUUUGGAAUUUUGUUGAAAUUAAUGUGCCUUUGGAAGAACUGCAAAAAUUAAGAAGAAACCGAAUAUGCCAAUUAAUUCAUCCGUUGGAUACGGUUCUGGAUGAUAGCAUUGGCUGUGCAGUCUGGUUUGCUUCUAGAGGAGUUGGCUGUUUAGUGACACAGGAUGAAGUGAAAUCCUAUCAGAGCAAUGCGAAGGUUGUUCUUACUGGAAUUGGUGCAGAUGAACAACUUGCUGGUUAUUCUCGUCAUCGUGUCUGCUUUCAGACACAUGGGUUAGAAGGAUUGAAUAAAGAAAUAGAAAUGGAACUAGGUCGAAUUUCUUCUAGAAAUCUUGGUCGUGAUGACAGAGUUAUUGGUGAUCAUGGAAAAGAAGCAAGAUUUCCUUUCCUGGAUGAAAAUGUUGUCUCCUUUCUAAAUUCCUUACCAAUUUGGGAAAAGGCAAACUUGGCUUUACCCCGUGGAAUUGGUGAGAAAUUGCUUUUGCGUCUCGCAGCUACAGAACUUGGUCUUACGUCCUCUGCCCUUCUGCCAAAAAGAGCCAUGCAGUUUGGAUCCAGAAUUGCAAAGAUGGAAAAGAAUAAUGAAAAAGCAUCUGAUAAAUGUGGAAGGCUUCAAGAAAUUUCCUUAGAAAAUCUUUCUAUUGGAAAGGAGUUUAAAAUGUAAUAUGGUUGUACAAUGUAACAACAUUUGCUGAAUGAUAGUUAUAUAAAAAUAAAUACUCUGCUAUUUUAUUAUUACAUAAUUUAGUGGUUUUAAAAUUCA